UCUUCCUCUGUGAAAUCAGGGCUUGCCCCAGCUAGAUUCCAGGGCUGCCAGAGACAUGAGCUCUGCUGUGCUGUGAGAACUAAGCUGCUGUCCAUGUUGUGAGAAUCAUCGCGAGCUUGUUAAGGAGGCACCAGGAGCGAAUGCUAACAGCAGUGGACAGCUCAGCGCAGCGUGCCAAGCCGCCUCUCAGCCCACUUCAUGCUCAUAAGCCCGAGAGACAGGAUGUGAUCGCUUUGGCUUGUAGAUAGGAAACUGAGGCAUCGAGCAGUUCAGUAACUUGUCCGAGAUCACACAGCUCCUGGGUGAUUUGAUCUGAAGCCACCUGGCUAUGACCCGCAUGUGGAACCUGAAGAUGUCGUAAUGUAGGACUCGGGGUUCGUGAUUGGACUUGGGACAUCUGGCCUGAGUUCUCUGGUAUUGUCGCAUUCACAGUAUGUGUCCAUCCUCCCAGCCUUCACCCUGUGGGCCCGGCGUGAAGAGCGGGUGGGUGGGCAAGCGAGCGAGCGAGUGAGCGGCAUGCGGCGCCCCCUGGCUGGCCCGGAGUCUUUUGACCUGCUGUUGACUGCUCCCAGGAGGCCCUGACGCCCUGGGGCACUUUUGCUUGGCACAGGACCACGUUGGGGUUUGCCAUGGUGACAUAAAGGGUGCAGAGGAAGGAAGGAGCAAGACCAGCCUGUAGACUGCGCCCCUGGCUGGGCCAAAGGGCCAGGGGCCCGAGCCUUCUCUCCACUGCCCUUGGACGGCUCACUUCCUAAGUCUCUGCAUUUUUUAGUCAGCGGACAACUUUGGGACUCCUGUGUGAGGACUUCGGGGGACCAGGCCAGGCUGGGCCUCUGCUGGUUGAGAUCUUGGGGGCCAGAAUGCCUGCCCUGGCGUGCCUCCGGAGGCUGUGUCGGCACCUGUCCCCACAGGCUGUCCUGUUCCUGCUGUUUGUCUUCUGUCUCUUCAGCGUCUUUGUCUCUGCCUACUACCUAUAUGGUUGGAACCGGGGCCUCGAGCCCUCGGCAGAUGCUUCCGAGUCCGACUGUGGGGACCCACCACCUGUCGCCCCUAGCCGUCUCCUGCCAAUCAAGCCUGUGCAGGCGGUCACCCCUUCCCGAACAGACCCACUGGUGCUGGUAUUUGUGGAGAGCCUUUAUUCACAGCUGGGCCAGGAGGUGGUGGCAAUCCUGGAAUCCAGUCGCUUCAAGUACCGAACAGAGAUUGCACCGGGGAAGGGGGACAUGCCCACACUCACUGACAAGGGCCGUGGCCGCUUCGCCCUCAUCAUCUAUGAGAACAUCCUCAAGUAUGUCAACCUGGAUGCCUGGAACCGGGAGCUGCUGGACAAGUACUGUGUGGCCUAUGGCGUGGGCAUCAUCGGCUUCUUCAAGGCCAAUGAGAACAGUCUGCUGAGCGCACAACUCAAAGGCUUCCCUCUCUUCCUGCAUUCAAACCUGGGCUUGAAGGACUGCAGCAUCAACCCCAAGUCCCCACUGCUCUACGUGACACGGCCCAGUGAGGUAGAGAAAGGCGUGCUGCCCGGAGAGGACUGGACUGUGUUCCAGUCCAACCACUCUACCUAUGAGCCGGUGCUGCUGGCCAAGACACGCUCCUCCGAGUCCAUCCCACACCUGGGUGCAGACGCUGGCCUGCAUGCAGCACUGCAUGCUACUGUGGUGCAGGACCUGGGCCUCCACGACGGCAUCCAGCGUGUGCUGUUUGGCAACAACCUUAACUUCUGGCUGCAUAAGCUUGUCUUCGUGGAUGCUGUGGCCUUCCUCACAGGGAAGCGCCUCUCGCUGCCUUUGGACCGAUACAUCCUGGUGGAUAUUGAUGACAUUUUUGUGGGCAAGGAGGGCACACGCAUGAAGGUGGAGGAUGUGAAGGCCCUGUUCGAUACACAGAAUGAACUUCGCACACACAUCCCACACUUCACCUUCAACCUGGGCUACUCAGGGAAAUUCUUCCAUACAGGUACCGACGCUGAGGACGCUGGGGAUGAUCUGCUGCUGUCCUAUGUGAAAGAGUUCUGGUGGUUCCCCCACAUGUGGAGCCACAUGCAACCCCACCUCUUCCACAACCAGUCUGUGCUGGCUGAGCAGAUGGCCCUGAACAAGAAGUUCGCUGUCGAGCACGGCAUCCCCACAGACAUGGGGUAUGCGGUGGCGCCCCACCACUCCGGGGUGUACCCUGUGCAUGUGCAGCUGUAUGAGGCCUGGAAGCAAGUGUGGAACAUCCGUGUGACCAGCACAGAGGAGUAUCCGCAUCUGAAGCCUGCCCGUUACCGACGCGGCUUCAUCCACAAUGGCAUCAUGGUCCUCCCUCGGCAGACCUGUGGCCUCUUUACACACACCAUCUUCUACAAUGAGUACCCUGGAGGCUCCAGUGAGCUGGACAAGAUCAUCAAUGGGGGCGAGCUCUUCCUCACUGUGCUUCUCAAUCCUAUCAGCAUCUUUAUGACACACCUAUCCAACUAUGGAAAUGACCGCCUGGGACUAUACACCUUCAAGCACCUGGUGCGCUUCCUGCACUCCUGGACCAACCUGAGGCUGCAGACCCUGCCCCCUGUGCAGCUGGCCCAGAAGUAUUUCCAGAUCUUUUCUGAGGAGAAGGACCCGCUUUGGCAGGAUCCCUGUGAGGACAAACGUCACAAAGACAUCUGGUCUAAGGAGAAGACAUGUGACCGCUUCCCCAAGCUUCUCAUCAUUGGCCCCCAGAAAACAGGCACCACAGCCCUCUACCUGUUCCUGGGCAUGCACCCGGAUCUCAGCAGCAACUACCCCAGCUCCGAGACCUUUGAGGAGAUCCAGUUUUUUAAUGGCCACAACUAUCACAAAGGCAUCGACUGGUACAUGGAGUUUUUCCCUAUUCCCUCCAAUACCACCUCUGACUUCUACUUUGAGAAAAGUGCCAACUACUUUGAUUCAGAAGUGGCACCACGGCGGGCAGCUGCACUGCUGCCCAAGGCCAAGAUCCUCACCAUCCUCAUCAAUCCAGCCGACCGGGCUUACUCCUGGUACCAGCACCAGCGCGCCCAUGAUGACCCAGUGGCCCUAAAAUACACCUUCCAUGAGGUGAUCACAGCUGGCCCUGAUGCAUCCUCAAAGCUGCGUGCCCUCCAGAACCGAUGCCUGGUCCCUGGCUGGUAUGCCACUCACAUAGAACGCUGGCUCAAUGCCUUUCAUGCCAACCAGAUCCUGGUCUUGGAUGGCAAACUGCUGCGAACAGAACCUGCCAAAGUGAUGGACACGGUGCAGAAAUUCCUCGGGGUGACCAGCACCGUUGACUACCAUAAAACCUUGGCGUUUGACCCAAAGAAAGGAUUUUGGUGCCAACUGCUCGAAGGAGGAAAAACCAAGUGUCUGGGAAAAAGCAAGGGACGGAGAUACCCAGAGAUGGACUUGGAUUCCCGAGCCUUCCUAAAGGAUUACUACCGGGACCACAACAUUGAGCUCUCUAAGCUGCUGUAUAAGAUGGGCCAGACACUGCCCACCUGGCUGCGGGAAGACCUCCAGAACACCAGGUAGCCUUGGCCACCACAGCCAGACAGAACGCUUGUGUUAGCAGGGAUGUCCUGCCUCACACUGAGCCAGACUGACCUGCCGAGAAGGAUGCUGGGCCCAGCCAGCCAAAAGCAACGAGCAAUACUCUGCUAAGGCCCGUGGGGCCGGAAGCCCAGGCAGGUCUGCAACCGCCUCAGAGCAGCCACUGCUGGAUGUGUGGCCUGUGGGACCUCUGUGGUACCAGGGGUCCGUUCCGUUCCUUCGCAGCCUCCCUGCCUGGGGAGAGCACUUCCUGUUGGUGGAAGGUCAUUUCCUGGUAGGAGGAGUCCGGGAGACUCUUUCCUGCCUCACUGUGUGCUACCACGCCCUGUCCUGUCCUUUGUCAGACCAUCCCCUGCUCCAGCAGGGUGUCCCCUCAGUAUUAGCUGCCACAUUUCUCUGUCCUCCAGACAGUAAGGGAGAAGAGCGCAGCUGGACCUUUUGUCCAACUAGGGAGAAAGACUGGGCACGUCCCUGAGGGUUUGAGCCAGGCCCUGCCAGGGUUUAGCUGAGACCCAGAUGCACUCAGUAGCUUGAAUGUGAGGGUGGCCAUCUUGAGAGGACAUAUGACUGCAUUUGGGUUAUUGCUAUCACAUCUCAUCUCCCUUUGGGAAAAGACUCUGGUCCCUAUUGUCUCCACCUCGUGCUCAUGGUCUCUUGUAAGCCCUGGGCCGCGGCCAUGCCCUGGGCCAGAGACAUGGGCCUUGGCCUGUCCCGCUCACCUGGAUGUGACAUGUGGUGUUUCCUGUGGUAAUGGCUGAGGCGAGUCAGGAGGCUGCCAGUGUUCAUACUCCCAUGUACAUAUAUUGUUUCACAGCCGCCGCCUCGGCCCAGCAGACAUGGCAGAGGCGGCAAGCAGUGCUGCCCGCUGCUGUGCCUAACAACCUGUGGCCGAGGGUCCCCAGAGACCCCCUAACCUCCCAAAUACUAAGAAGCUAAAGUAUUUUAAUAUUUUGUGUUUUUUUUUCUUGGUGCCAGAGUUUAUACCCUGGGUGCUGGGGUUGCACUGUGUUUUAUAUAUAUAUAUAUAUAUAAUGUGUAUAUAUAUAUUAUAUUUUUUUUGGUUGAAUUUGUUUUUAAUUCAGUCAUACACAAUGGUGGCAAAGCCCUAGCCUCAAAGAAUGUCAUAUCUUAAUGUUAGAGACUGAGGUGGAAGGGAAGGUGAGUGUGUCUGUGAGUGCCCAGGCCUCAGGGGGAAGUCUUGAAAGGUCCCUCUCCUCUCUUCUGCGUGCGGGGGAACAGAGAUGCUAAGAUGGAGAGACCAACUCUCCCAAAAUCGUCUGGCUUUACAAAGCCUAGUGGCCGUGGGGUGUACGGGCCACAGGGAAAGCCUGGCCUGGGUGGGAGACCUGGGCCCUGAGCUGGCCUCUCCGUCCCCUGUCUCAUGGUGCUAGGUUGGGGUUUGCCUUGGAGUGGGGUGUCCAUAGGGCCCCACAGAACUGUCUUCAGUCCCUGAAGACACAGGGUCUUGGCUGUUCUCUGUCUGGAUUCUGUUUCUGUCCCCCUUUUAACAAUGUGAAGCGACUGAGGUUGGGUUUCCUCUUCCUGCUCCCCCAACCCCCCACAUCCCUUCAACCGCCAGUCCAGUGUCCACCAGCCGUCCAUUCUGGCAUCCUGGGCAUGGAAGGGUUCCAAGACGGGCACGAGGUGGGUCCAGGAAUGGGAGGUGGCCUUGGUCAAUGUCACAGCUGUUGGAAGCAGUGCCAAGCGUUAAGUUCUGAGCCCCCUGCUCUUCCAGUACCACACUGCCUCUGAGCCCGCCUUUGGGACCCUACUGUGCUCCCGGUUCCGUCUUUCCCUCAGUCAUUCCAGGACGUGGGGACAAACCACUCUUUCCCAGCCGGGCAUCUUUGAGCCUUCCCUUCCAAGACCCGCACUUUCCCUGCUGUGUUCUUGUUUCCGGAGUCCGUCCAUCCUGCGCUGGGGUGGCUUUCACUCCGAGCUCUCCUCUCCUGGAGUUCUCCACUGUGGGGGAGAGUGUGGGACGCUCAGAGGAACCUGCGUGCAUGGAUUGGGUGUGCAGAGAGCCAUGUCACUUCAGGUUUCUCACUGGGGUCUUGGAAUCUGUGGGUCCUGUUCACUACACAGUCCGUAUGUGGUAUGCUCAAAUGCCCUGCCAGCAAGCUAGAACCAGAUCAGGGUUAGGUCAGCUUUCGAGCCCUUAGCCUCACUUCCCACCUGUCAGUGAGGAUGGCGCCUAGAUUCUGAAAAAGCUACUCUCUGUGUGAGACCCCAUGAGAGCUGAGUUAGGGUGGUUGGAAUGGCCCUCGUAUAGCCUGCAGCUCUGCUAGUCUCUGGCCUCCUGUGGAAGCAGGUCUGAGACCCUGGGAGCAGGGGAGUGGCUCACUCUGGUCCAUUUCCUUCGAAGACCCCGAAGUCUGCUGCUGAGACCCUUUCAUUGCUGGGCCCAGAUAUUGCCACAAGUUGCAGAUGUGGGGCCUUGGGAAGUAGAUAGCGUUCAUCUUAGUAUCUUAACUAGAAAGUCCACUGAUUGACUGGAAACACAAAAACAAGCAGGAGGGAAGUGGCAUUGGUUGUUCGGCCACUCCCUGUCCCUGUGCAGUCUCCACCAACAGCCGUUGCCUUACGGGCGCAGCUCACCGGCAGCUGCCUUACUCAUUCCAGGUUCUAGAGCUUUCUACGGGGCAGGCACCUCGGAGAGCAUAGGGGAUGCGGGCGAAGCUAAAAUGGACCUUCCACACCCCUAUGUAUGAGCUCUGGGUGCUUCUGAGUCUGCUCAUUUCCAGAGGAGGGCGAGUGCUGGCCUCUCCCACCCGGAGCCCCCCAGGCGUGUCAGUGACAAGAGCAAGCUCAGAGCCGCCUGGGCUGUGACUGCCAGCCACUCUUCAUCUAGGCCGAAGGCGCUUAGCAUUUGCCAGGUUGUUUUCUCUCUCUACAUGUGUGUUGUUUUAAAAGAAAGUUGCAGUAUCAUGAGACUGUUUAUCCCUAGUGUUGCCCUAAGAGGUAGGGCCUUCUACCAGACCAGCCAGUGCCACAGCCAAGACAGUCCCGUCCCACUAACAGCCGCUAUCUAGUCUGUACCUAAAGUUGUCUCCCAAGCCCCCAUUAUACCUGGUUUUAAUAUUGGAUCCAGUCAGGGCAAGAACAUUGUAUUUUAUUAAAACAUUUCUUUGAAAGCUAAAAAGUUUUCCCUCUGCCCAUCUGAUUUAAAAAAAAAAAAAGGUUUGGUUUUUGUUUGUUUGAGACAAGGUCUCAUUAUAUAGCCCUGAUUAGCCUGGAAUUUGUUAUGUAGACCAUGCUAACCCUGGAACUCAUAGAGAUCCACUUGACUCUCAAAAGCUGAGAUUAAAUGUCUGCACUUACUAGGCCCAGUUCAAAAUGGUAUUUUGUUUGUGUUUUUGAGACAUGGUCUCGCCAUGUAAAUCUGACUGUCCUGGAAAAUGUUAUGUGAACCAGGCUGGCUUUGAACCUGCCUCUGCUUUCCAAGUUCUGGGAUUAAAUGUGUGUGCCACUUCUCCCAUCCCCCAAAUGGUAUUCUUUUUAAGGCCAGAGAUUGUGUUGUCAAAUAGAAGUCCCACAUUCCAGAUCUGAUUGUUUCCUCCUUUAGCCCACAUGCUUUCAAGGGUAAUUUUUCUUCCUGUGAUUUGCUGAUAUGGCAUUUCCUCCCGCCUAAAGUGCGCCUCCUUCCACUGCCCCCUAAGCCAGGGUCAAACCAGUGUGGGGGAGAGGAAGGGGCUCCCAGAAGAGGCAGCAUCACAUUGGGUAGGGGCUGAGGGCUCUGGGGGCUUGGGGUGGGAUGGCCUGCUGGGCUGACCUUGGGGGGCUUGUGUCAGAAGUGUGCACAGCUUAGAGGAGCCGGGCUGCCCCCCCCCCCCAUUCUCUGCACAGCAUCUUCCUCCUUCUCUUUCUCCUUUUCUGUCUUUGUUUUGGUUUCCCUGCUUCUGCUCUGUGGCUCUGGGGUCUUCAUUCUCUACGUGGUUGGUUUGCCCUGGAGCAGAGAUAAGACCUCAGGCUCUGACAGGAAGGGCCUAGGAGAAAGGCCUCCUUUAGGUAGAGGCGUGAAGAACUCUGGGUGCAGCGGGGCACCUGACGGUCUUCCUCUAAGGGAGAAGAUGGAGAAGAUGGAGGCUUUGGCCCAGCUUAGCACAUCGUGCAAGAAGCAGCUGUGCUCUGUGACCUGAGGCUAGUAGCCUGUCUCCCCUCCCCUCUCCCCUCCCUUCCCCCAGGCCUUCCAUGCAGUGCUGGGGUUAGGGUUAGGGCUGUAGACUUGUUGUCCUUGCCAGCCCUUGAGUAGCCGGGCGAUGACUGAGGGCCGUGGGAGGCUCCCCGCAAUGUUUGACCUAAGAAGUUCCCCUCUCUCCCUGGCCUGGAGGAGGAUCCCAGAGGAAGGGUUUUCUAUGACUGAGCUAGCUUUUCUUAUGGGCAAGAGGGCUCUUUUUGUAAUUUGUGCAUGAAAUUCAUGUUAUUUCCUGGGGAGAGAAGAGGGCCAACUGAGUGGGUGGGGGGCACGUGUGGGAAGCAGGGGUGGGGAGGGGUCGCAGAGGGCAUGCCACCCAGCUCACCUGAAGAGGGCUCUUGAAACAGCCGUUUUGGGUUGUGUUAAACGUGGGAACUUUCCUCCAUUAAUGUACAAUCUUGAACUAACUGCUAAUAAAAUGGGAUUCUGUUUGUA